CUACUCCCUCAAACUUGCCCCCUUCUCGAUAUCCUGCCUUCUCGUUUACGUGCUCGGCGUGUGUGCUAGCUAGAGGUGCUGAACGACCGACAUCGGCCGGCUGCCAUGGGGCGUGGCGACGGACACGACGACGCGCUGCGGCGGUGGCUGCGGGAAGCGGGCGGGUGGCUGGUGGUCGACGGGGCCCUGGGCACGGAGCUGGAGGCGCACGGCGCGGACCUGCAGGACGAGCUCUGGAGCGCCCGGUGCCUCGUCUCCGCUCCCCACCUCAUCCGCAAGGUCCAUCUGGACUACCUCGACGCAGGCGCCAACAUCAUAACCACGGCCUCCUACCAGGCCACGCUGCAGGGGUUCCAGUCGCGAGGCGUGUCGAGGGAGCAGGGCGAGGCGCUGCUCCGGCGGAGCGUGCAGAUCGCGCAGGAGGCGCGCGCCAUCUUCGUGGAAGGCCGGUCGAAAGGCCCCUACGCCGCGCGCGAUGAGUACGACGGCGUGGCGUCCAGAGCGCACCGGCCCGUGCUCGUGGCGGCCUCCGACGGGAGCUACGGGGCGUACCUCGCGGACGGCUCCGAGUACACCGGGGACUAUGGCAGAUCCGUCACCAAGGAAGCGCUCAAGAACUUCCACAGGAGGCGGCUCCAGGUGCUGGCGGACGCAGGGCCGGAUCUCAUCGCCUUCGAGACCAUCCCAAACAAGCUGGAAGCACAGGCUUACGCUGAGCUGUUGGAGGAGAACGACAUCAGGAUUCCCGCCUGGUUCUCCUUCACCUCCAAGGACGGGGCCAACGCGGCGAGCGGUGACCCCAUCACCGAGUGCGCCGCCGUCGCCGACUCCUGCAGGAGGGUGGCCGCCGUCGGGAUAAACUGCACGGCUCCCAGGCUAAUCCAUGGCCUCGUCCUCUCCAUUAGCAAGGUGACGAGCAAGCCGAUCGUGGUGUACCCCAACACCGGGGAGACGUACGUGGCCGAGACCAAGGAGUGGGUGGACUCGGCUGCUGCUGGUGGUGGUGUUGCGGGGACGGACUUCGUGUCGUGCGUCGGCAAGUGGAGGCAGGCAGGAGCUUCCCUCGUGGGAGGGUGCUGCAGGACGGGCCCGGCGACGGUGAGGGCCAUCGCGCGGGCGCUGCGGGAGGAGGAUGCUGCCGCCGACGCCGAUACCGACGAUGACUACCCUGCCGUGGCCGUCCUGUAGAGCCUAUAGGCCACCCUUUCUACAUCGACCGCGAUGCUGGCGUAGAGGUGUAUGUAGAUCGUCGUUCUCAUGGCCCUGUUGUGAUGUAAAUCGUUAUCAUGGCUCUUUUUGUUAUGACGAAGCUUGGUUCUUUGAUCUUUCUAAUUUUAGUCGUAUUCUCCGCUGUGUUGCUGUCUAUCUUGUUUUGGCUGCGUAUUUUGGCUGUGCUUUGAGC